AUGGCAAAGAGAGGUGCCGAAGAGCAAAUCACAAAAGACACUUUUGGCGCAUCCAGCGAUGACGAAAGAGAAUCUUCACGACCCACUUUUGCCUCUGAAGAAGUCUUGUCGAAAAGGAAGAUCUUGAAGCCCAGAGGCCGAAAUUUCUCCUUCAAAACAGACACCGCUGCAGUGGCGGAGAAGCCAUCCUUUGGGGUUAAACCCUUUGCUAUCAGCAAGCCUCUGGAUGAUAAUAAAGCAGCAAAAUUGAAGGCUCUUGGUCAAAAGUUUGUGGAAUCUGUGAAUGCCGUUAAUGUCAAUCAGCAAAUCCCAGACUUUAGAUCGAUUGCCAAAAAAUACAUAGAGUACUACGAAUCCGUUGAUUCGGGUAAGUCUACAGAAUCAAAGCCUGCUCCUGUCUCUUACACCUUUGGCAAGAGUACGCCGCCUGCUCUUUCAACACAAAAGGAGGAGAAAGAGGACAUCCAAGCCCCAAAAAACCCGUUCGCAAACAUCAAGACGAGUGGAAACACUGUGCCACCUGCACUGGAAAACGGCAAUGCUGCAAGUCAAAAUAAGAAAUCGAAAAGUUCAUCUGACAGUGAGGGAGAAGAGAGCGAAGAUGAGAAGAAGCCAGUCGUCAUCAAGGGCCCUACUUUCACUUUGUCUGAGAAGCCCACUGUUAAAAAAUCGCCCUUUUCCUUUGGGCCUAAGGCGGCAAAGAAGCCCUCAAGUGACUCGGAUUCAGAUUCCGACAUUGAGAUCAAAGGGCCCACUUUUACAUUCAACAAGACUAUCGCCGAUCCUGUUUUCAAAGUUGGAGCCGCAAAGUCACAAGGUGCAGACAGUAAGCAAACUGGUUUUUCCUUUGGCUCAUCUUCUGACAACAAAGACAACCUGAAAGAUCUGGAAGACAAGUCGGAGAAAUCAAAAGACAAUUCAUCAGGGAAGUUCAGUUUUGGAAACAGUUCCAGUACACUGACUUCAGAAAGUGCUCCAAAACCGGCUUUUCUGUUUGGUGCUAAAUCUGCAGAAACUGCUGAGAGCAAACCUGUCGGAGAGAAGCCUGCUUUCCUGUUUGGAUCUAAGCCAGAGACAACCGAAAAUAAGCCUGCUUUCCUGUUUGGAUCUAAACCAGCGACAACAGAGAAUAAGCCUGCCUUCCUGUUUGGAUCUAAACCAGAGACUACUGAAAAUAAGCUUGCAUUCCUGUUCGGAUCUAAACCUGAUGUGACUGAUAGCAAACCUGCUUUUCUGUUCGGAAACAAGACUGCUGAUAGUACGGGUAAGCCAGCAUUUCUGUUUUCAGCUAAGCCAAAUGAGGAUUCCGAAAACAAGCCUUCGAUCCUGUUUGGAACAACAAAUGGUUCAAAGCCAGCGGAGACUGGUGAAAGCAAGCCAGCAUUUCUGUUUGGAUCAAAACCAACAGAAAAUACCGAAAGCAAACCAGCUUUCCUGUUUGGAUCUAAGUCCGCAGAAACCAACGAAAGCAAACCAGCUUUCCUGUUUGGAUCAAAGUCAGUGACCGGCGAACCCACACCUGCUUUUCUGUUUGGGUCCAAGACUUCUGAAACCCCCGAGAGCAAACCGGCAUUUCUGUUUGGAACUACACCUAGUACCGAAAUAAAACAGGGUGAAACAAAACCAGCAUUCUCCUUUGGGUCUAGUCAAGGAAAGGAUUCUUUCUCAAGCUCAUCCACAGGAUUUUCGUUCGGUUCUGGGGCUACAUUCAACACGUCAAAGGCUAAUACUGCUUCUGCGACAGGUUCGCAUGAGGUUGCCCAAAAACCAUUGUCGUUCGGUUUUAGCAAGCCUGCUGAAGGAGAGUCCGAGCUGAAGGAAACAAAAGAGUCCGAGGAAAAAGUCGAAGAAGAAGAUACUGGUGCUGAAUUUGCACCUAUUGCAUCCCUUGGUUCUCAGGAAGUGACAAAUACAGGGGAAGAAGAUGAGAAUGUUGUUUACCAGCGUAAAUCGAAGUUAAUGUUGUAUGAUCCCGAAAACAAAGAGUCGCCAUACAAGAACAUGGGUGUUGGUGAGCUCAAAUUGUUGAGCAAGAAAGACGGCUCUAGCUCUAGAAUUUUGGUGCGAGCAGAUGGAGGUUUGAGAGUGCUUUUGAACAUCUUAGUUUUGAAAGAUGUUUCUUACGCUACAAUGGGUAAUGGAUCUUUGGUGAGAGCUCCAGCUGUUAAUUCCGAAGGUAAAAUUGAAACGUACGUUCUUAAAGUGAAGACCCCAGCGGACGGGAAGGAACUCUGUGAUGCGUUGAACCAAAUUAAAAACUCCUAA